AUGGCAGAGCUUUCGCUUUACUCGGUUGAGGCGGUACUUUUGCUGGAUAAUGAAGGGAACAGAAUCUACACUAAAUACUACCACAGCCCCCACGAAAAAUCUGAUUCUCAUAUCACUAAGAGGGCGAUAGAUGGAAUGAGCAGUUCCAGCAAACAGCAGACUGAGUAUGAAAGCAGGCUUUUCAAGAAAACGCACAAGCAGAACUCUGAGAUCCUAAUUUUUGAGGAUUGUUUGGUUUUGUACAAGGAAUAUGUGGACGUGUCGUUAUACCUCGUGGGAUCAAUCGACGAGAACGAGCUGGUGCUUCAGCAGGCGUUUUCUGCUAUCAAAGACUCGUUAGAGUUAAUUUUGGCGACUGGGAUUGAUAAAAAGAAUAUUAUUGAGCAUUUCGAUAUGGUGGCCUUAGCAAUCGAUGAGUCUAUCGACGACGGUAUAAUCUUGGAGACAGAUCCAGCUACCAUUGCUUCCAGGGUGACGAAGCCACCUUCUAAGGACGCACCUAUCAAUAUAGAGCUAAGCGAAAAGGGUUUGUUGAGCGCAUGGGGGUUCGCCAAGAGCAAGCUCGCCGAGAGACUACAACAAGGCUUGUAA